AUAUGGUUGUUGGCAUGUCGCUGUGCACCGGGUCAGGCAUGUCCCAGGUUGUGUGUAUGCUACCAUAUGCCCAUGACUGUGAGCUGUCAGUCUCAGAACUUCACUGCUGUCCCAGCCGGCGUGCCCUACGACUCCCAGCGGGUUUUCUUGCAGAACAACCGUAUCACUGAGCUCAGAGCCGACUCCUUUGGCUUCGAAACACAGGUCCUAUGGCUGUAUUCCAACAACAUCACAUGGAUUGAAGCAGGUGCAUUCAGUAAUCUGCGUGUACUAGAGGAACUAGAUUUGAGUGACAACCCAUCACUGCGCAGGCUGGACGGGGGUGCGUUUAGGGGGCUGGAGCGCUUGCAGAGUCUACACAUGCACCGCUGCCACUUAACCGAGCUGCCUGCUGACCUCUUCCACAAGCUCUACAGCUUGCAGUUUCUCUACCUGCAGGAGAACCAGCUGAGCCACCUUCCAGAUG